UAUUUCGAAGGAGUAUUCAAGACACCUGUCAAGAAGGACCUGGAGUGUAGCCCGUACGUUGGUCGCCCUGCUUCGAUAAAACUCAAAGCAUGGAAUAAAUAAGUAUUUUUUGCAUCGAUACAGCCCGGACGAAUCAAGCCUGAUUGCGCGCUUGAAAACCAAACCAUUGCGCAUUUAAAUCUUCCAUCUCUCCAGCACCAGUUGUGUUGUUUAGAACUUUGAUAUACCGCCUGUGACUGUUUAUAUUGUGUGUUUUUUCCCCAUAGACGGUUUAGUUUUUCCAUUCGGACGCAGCCGGACAAAUGCUUUUCCAUCAAUUUGUUAACGGAGGCCUGGAGACAAUGCAUCCCACUAUUCAGAAUGACACUACUUUCACUAAGAUUUUUGUCGGUGGUUUACCUUAUCAUACCAACAAUGCAUCCCUUCGAAAAUACUUCGAGACGUUCGGGGAUAUUGACGAGGCGGUUGUGAUAACGGACAGACAAACCGGGAAAUCCCGAGGAUACGGCUUUGUGACUAUGAUGGACAGAGGGGCAGCAGAGCGGGCAUGUAAAGACCCCAACCCCAUCAUCGACGGUAGGAAGGCUAACAUCAACCUGGCCUACCUGGGAGCCAAGCCACGCAGCCCACAGACAGGUUUCUCCAUCGGUGUGCAGCAGGUCCAUCCCGCCCUGAUCCAGAGGCAGUAUGGAUUGGCCCAGCAGUAUGUGUACCCCCAGGCCUUCCUCCAGCCCAGCCUGUUGCUCCAGUCCCACCUCAGCCCCUCUCAGGCCUCCCUCUCCUCCCCGUAUCUGGACUAUAGCUCAGCCUAUGCCCCCUACACCUCCACCCCCUCCACUGGCCUGGAGCACUACCCCUACGCCCCUUCGCCCUCCGCUAGCUACCUCCGCUACAGCUACUCCCCCGCCACACCAGGCCCUACCAUGUCUGCCCCCCCCACCCCUCCCACACCCAUCCACCUCUCCCUCAACCCCCUCGCUGGCCUCUCUGCCCCCCCUGCAGCCUACCUCCAAUAUCCCCUCCACCACCCCGACCGUAUGCAGUGAGGGGGGGCCUGGGCUAUGGAGGUGAGGGUAAUCAGAGGGGGACACAUGACAACAACGUAUGCAGACUUGGAACAAAGAGGAUUAUUGCACUAUGACCUGUGACAUCAUCAGGGCGAGACUCCCGACAACCAAGGAGAGAGUGGGGUCAGAUUCCAAAGGGCUUUGUGAAAACAAAGAAAAACAAAACACACUGAGAUUUCUUCCUGUUUUUCUACUAGGGUUAUUAUCCAUUAUUUUUAUCGUAGUUGUUACUAUACUACUAUUGCUGUUGUCGCCAAUGUUUAUAUGAAUGUUUGACGAGCUCUCCUUGUGUCCGAUGCCAAACGUGAUGGAGUCAAUGGACCAUGAGAACACAAGAAGAGGAGAAUGAAUCAUUCGAGAACCUACCACCUUCCACUCCUUACCCGCAGA